CACAGCAGUCACUUUGCCGGCACGGAAGAGAGUUGACUUACACAGCAUCUCCCGAUAUUUUUGGUGACAUAACCAGUUAAUUGAGUUUAUUACAUAAGUUUCCCCAACAAGAAUCAGCAAUGAGCAUCUUGAGAACACUCGUGGCGAUGGUGGCCAUGGAAAGUGUGGGUCUCGCGCUGCUGUGGGUGACGGUGGCAGUGCUGCAUAUAUCCGCACUUAUCGUAGGGUUCCUGGACCUCGAUGCCAUGUUACGUUUUGUUAUUGCGUUUACCAGUUAUCUGGUCAUCACGCACCUCUUGCUUAACGGAUGGCUCGUGCGCAUAUACUGGGAUAAAAUAAGCCGGUCAAAGGCAGUAUUACUUUAUGUCACAUUCACCAUUCCUCUUUACUUGUUGUUGCUCCGCGUCCGGCAUGCUGUAGCCGCCUUACGUGAGAGGGACCAGGUCGUGGCUCGGCGGGAGGCUCUGAAAGCCAGGUACACCGUCUCUAGCGAAAACAGUACUGUCGUGGAAUCCCCAUCUUUCAGUGCGACAGUGCAACGCACGAGCUGCGUUCCUCUCAGCGCUAAAACGUCGACGAAUAGCUCUCAAGGCGACAGUGAAGUCUCGCUUAGGUCGUGGGUCGUCACAGAAACAAACGUGGAUGCCGGCAGCAAGUUGAUCAAGAUGAGCUCCGACGACGUAGGGGUGAGGGAGCCGAAGAGCUUUUCGCAUCUUUUCAUGAGUGAUUUAUCCGAGCUCGUCGCCGGCAGGAAGACGCUCUCAUUCCACUUCGUCUUGAAUGUGAAUAACGACCUCAUCCACGUCUCGAAGACCAGCAUCCUGCCCAACGGACUGCCAGACCGGAUUCGCAGUACAAGUCCUCUCACAAUUUGCAAUGAUACCCAUUACUUGAUCAACCUCAGCCAAGGCAUUGGGUAUGAGGUUGUCGCUAUAGCAGCGAGAAAUGAAAAAUCUUGUGUUACUGUUACGCAGACCAACUUUGCAUCAUUUAUAUGGUGUUUUACAAUGCACAGCACCGCCCUCUUGGUCUAUGGACUGCUAGUGAACUUGCGUUAUAAUGGCAGAGCCACCGGGUUGUAUCACGCCGGCUGGAUGUUCACAGCCGCCGCCUGGUUCCUCACGUGCCGGGGUGCGGACGAGCCUUGGACUGACACCUUCGCCAAGAUACCGCUGCGGUUGUGUUUCACCAUAUGCCGAAUCUUUCUGAUGUGUGCCGUCGCCAUGGACGGGCUGGUCAACGUCGCCAUUUUGUACCUGAGCGCCAAAGCAGCGGGAUAUCUCGCCCUGGUCGGGGAGUUAGUCUACAAGAAUCUCAGAAGGAAUGUGCGUCUUUGGGGCGACGUCGUGGACCGGUAUUUCUUCGACAAGAAUUUGGAGAUGAGCUACCAAGGGAGCGAGAGCGUCGUCUGCUGCGGUUGGGCCAUUUGGUGUCACGUCUGCCGGCCCUCCGAGCAUAGCCUCGCCCUGCUCGUCGCUGUGUUGCUGUGCCAGGCUGCUGGGAUGAUUUACCUGAACUUCGUGAGAAGGUUUCUGAAAGAGCCCAUGAAGAAUCCUGUGCGCAUCCUUAUGAUGGCGAAGGACAGACUGAAUGCAGCGGAGAAAAGUAUCUGAUAUAUUUAAAGAAAAUUCGUGUGUCUUCAUAUUUGCUUCCUUAGUUGUGCAGUGUGCGCAAGGUACAAAGAUAACUACAUUGUCAGUAAGUAUGGAAUUGUACAUUAGAACUCUUAUACUCUUUAGCAGAUUAAUACUUUUUAUCACCCAAGGAAUAUCGGCAAACUUUCCUUUGGAAUGUAAAUAGGUCUUAUCACGACUAGAGUGCAUUAACGAGCAAUGGCCAGUUACACAAAGGCCCGAUGUGGCCAAGCUUAACUCCCGUCGUAAAUAAAGAUUGUUCAGAAUGCACAAUCAUUAGGUCUCAGCAUGUUUCCGUAUCGCGUUAUUUUACCCUUUUCUUCGAUUACGUUUCCAUUAUGAUUUUAGUUAUUUAAAACAGUAGAUUAAGCAUCUUAUGGUCACUUGAUAGGUAUUUUCAUGUAAUAGAAUAUAUAAGUAUUUUUAUGUAAUAGAAUAUAUAAGUAUUUUCAUGUAAUAGAAAAUAUAAGUAUUUUAUG